UCGUCGUACGCAACGUGUAAUCUCAUGCAAUGCUUGUUUAUCGACAACAAAGGUCCUAAUUUUAUUUUCAUGCAAUCUUACAGCGAAGCUGUAUAUGGCUAGCCGAUUUGUCCGUCCGUCUGUCUAUAGUACGACGAAACCUUCUUUGGUGCAACCCCGGGCGCAAGCGGGGCAAAAAAGAAACAGGACGAAAGGCGCGCGAUUGGCUGCGCCGGCAGUGACGUCAUUGUCUCCGUCGCAGCCGAGUACGCGCGCAGCAGUUUCUCUCCGGCUCCGAAAUGUGCAGGCCAUGCGUCACACAUGCUCCUAAGGAGCAGGCAGCUUUCGAUCAGCAAUGCCGCAAACAUAACCGGGAACCAGCUUCUCUACGCCGUGCCAAUCCUGUAGCCCGGGCACAAGAACAGGCUCGUUUAGCCGAGCGCAAGCAGCAACUGCGCACUGAAGAUGCGGCAGCGUACGAAGCCGUCGUGUAACAAACCGUUGGCAAUAACCCAGUGAUAAACUCCGGGGCCGCACGUGUCAGCUACGCUGGUUAACCAUCAGUACGGACUGCUUAGGCGGUGACAUUUUUUUACUUGAGGCACUGCAUCAUUCACAAGCACGCCGAAGUGUAAAGUCCAAUUCAGGUGAAAGCACACCAUGAUACGUAUACACAGCGACGUCACAAGGACAAAGGCGAUGUGUGAUGCUUAUUGAGGGAAUACUCGUGAUGACAGGCAUAUAUGCGGUGAAAAGUACGGCACGUAUCAAGCAAAAUUUAAGGGUUCUGUGCUUAUAUAUUGCGUGCCAGUGUGACGUACCCAUUGUGCAGAACAGCCCAAGAAUGGGCACACCCUGAGUGGCACACCGAAUGGCUUAAUCAGAAAAAGAAAAGCAAACCAAAGCAACGGUCAAUAUUAUUCACCGUUUCAUUAACGCGUUGGUCUGGUUUGUGAGAUGCCUGUGAGCCGACAUAAUACGUUCAUGUAUUGUCUAGGAAGUUAACUUUUUAUGCAGAACACAGGUAUAUGCUUAUGCAGGUUCGAUAUUGUUGCUACAGUAUACGCGUCACGCGAGCUAUCUGGUUACACCCGCCUAACUCUCUAUCGAAUUGAUAGCAAUGUUCGCGAAGCUUCAAGGGCCGCAAGCGCGAAUUGAGCUAGAGCGAUAUCCCGAUGCAGCAGCAAUCUGGUGCAAGUGGUCGCUGGCAAAAUGUCAUACAAUGCUCGCGUGGCAAUACCAGUUCCUGUUACUAAUGCCUGUGUUCGUUCUUUUGAAUUUACCAUCCAGAAAACUACACUGUCUGUUGUGAACCCGUCUGUUUCGAACGAGCAAAGCUGAUAAACGAGUCGCUGAACACGAGCGUCCAGCCUUGCGACGAUUUCUACUCGUACGCCUGCGGCGGGUGGAUGAAGAACCACGAAAUACCAGAUGACAAGUCGAGUACCGGGAACUUCUACCUGCUGCGGGAUGAACUGCAAGUCACUCUGAAAAGCAUUUUCGAAAACAUCACACUGGUAGAGCAGAACCAAAAUAUAACGGACAAGCUUGCUGCUGCCUACAAUGCCUGUGUCGAAGUUCCGGCAAAGCAAGAUCAACUUGAAGGUCUGUACAAAAUAAUGAAUCGUUCAGGAUUUGGUCAGUGGCCUAUAAAUCCUGGAGACAAGAAAAUAGCUCCGGUUAUUGGAAACUGUACUGAAGUGCUUAAAAAGAUUCCUAUCUAUACUUUGCUGUCAUUAUACGUUGACAGAGAUGUCCAGGAGCUCACGUCUUACGUGGUUCAGAUCGACCAAUUAUAUUUUCGAAUGGUGGGCAGGAAUCAGCUAAUUCAUCCCAAUUCAACAAAGAACAAGCCAAUAAUAACGGCUUACAGAAAGGUUGUAAAGACGGCGCUGGGACUCAUGAAGCGAAAUUUAAGCGAAGAGGAACUAUCUGAGCUCGCUGACACGCUCGUAGAUUUUGAAGGACAGUUGGCCAACCUGACGACACCCCCGGAAGACAGACGCAACAUCCUGGAUAUUUAUGAAAGGACUACUAUUGGUGAAUUACAAAAGAAUUUCACUCAGAUUCCACUGCUGCAUAUGCUCAAUAAGCGGUUUUCCCUGGUGAACAUUACGUUAACAGAAAACGAAACAGUAGAACUCUACGCUAAGGAAUACUACAGUAAAUUAGACCAAUUUCUCCAAUGCGUUGACUGCAACACUCUAUUCAACUUCGUGGGAUUGCGAGAGAUUCUCCGUUGGGCUGAGCGUGCCUCGGACAAUUUCCGCAAUGCUUCAUUCGAGCUGGACAAAGCGUCUUCGGGAAUCAAAGUCGAGAAGGCCAGAUGGAAAACGUGUGUGGACGCAAUGAACCGAAUGAUGCCAGAGAUCGUCGGCUACCUCUACGUGCUGCAAAAUUUCCGCAAGGAAGCUAAGAAAGAGGUGGAAGACCUUGUCAGCAGGCUCAUGACCACAUUCAACGAAACAAUCCAAAAGAACGAUUGGAUGGACAGUGAAACUAAAUCUGCUGCACAAAACAAGUUGACGAAAAUGGUUUCGAAAAUUGGAUACCCCAACUGGCUAUUCAACGUAACAUAUCUUGAGCAGCUUUACAAACAGGUACCAAACCUAAAUCUGAGCAGUUCCUUCUUGGGCAUGUCUUACUACAUUGGUGAGAACAACGAUAUGCGAAAACUGCAGAUGUUACGACAGCCAUAUGACAAGGAAAAUGUCUGGCACACUGGAUCAGCAGUUGUGAACGCUUUCUACAAUCCAGAUAGCAACGAAAUGAUGUAUCCGUCGGGCAUACUUCAAGGUGUGUUUUAUCAAUACGGUCUUCCACGUUCCCUCAGCUUUGGAGCUAUCGGGAUGGUAGUCGGACACGAAAUGACGCAUGGCUUCGAUGACGAAGGAAGCCAGUAUGAUGCAGAUGGCAAGCUGAAGCAAUGGUGGACCAACGAAACACGCACGAAAUUUAAUGAAAAGGCUCAGUGCUUCAUUGAUCAGUACGGGAACAUCACCGACGAAGACGCCAACAUGACGCUGAAUGGGAAAAACACUGUCGGCGAAAACAUUGCCGACAAUGGCGGUAUUCGAAUGGCCUACAAGGCUUAUGAAAGAUUACUACAAGAAGAAUGUCGUGGUGAGGACGCUCGCCUACCUGGAUUAACACACCUAUCUGGAAAGCAACUAUUCUUUAUUGCAGAAGCAAUGGUAUGGUGCGGUCGAUAUCGCAAAGAGAAGCGACAGGUUCAAAUUCAGUAUGACCCACACAGCCCUGAAAAAUACAGAGUAAACAUACCAAUGCAAAACAUGGAGGAAUUUUCCUCCGUAUUCAACUGUGAAGAUGGUUCGACGAUGAAACCAAAGAAACAGUGCAAAUUAUGGUAAAUUGUGCUGGUACAGGGUAAUAAAUGUAACACAGAAAGGAGGUCAAGAUGGCAAGUCACAUUACAAUGGAUUACACAAAUUAAAUUCGUGCUAAAUAAUCAACUUCCCAAAUAAAGGAUUUCUUAUAAAACAAUACAA